ACAAGUAUGGCGGCGUGCAACAUUAAAAUUUCCACGACAGCUGUAUGAUUGCUGUCUACUUCUUCUCUUGAGUUGCGUGUUUCUGACUUGAUUACGUUGCUUGAUCAACUGCUGUAAAGAUGUCUUCAUUCGCAAAAGCAGCGAAGGCAGGCCAGAGGAUACACAAAGAGCGACAGCAGCCCGAGGCCAGGCGUCACCUUGGUGUGCUGGAGAAAAAGAAAGACUACAAGCUCAGAGCGAGGGACUACCAGAAUAAACAAAAGCGACUAAAGCGACUGCGCCAGCGAGCGCUCACGAGAAAUCCGGAUGAAUUCUACUUUCACAUGGUCAACGCCAAACUCGAUGGAGGCGAGCACCACGACAGAGUGAAAGGGGAAGAAUUCACGCCGGCUCAGCUCAAGCUUAUGCAGACACAAGAUGUCAACUACGUCACCACGAAACGUGUUACCGAAGCAAAAAAAAUUGAAAGACUCAGAGCCAAUCUCCAUCUUCUCGAUAAUAGUGGCGGGCGUGUGAAGACCCACACAUUUUUUGUGGACUCCAAAGAGGAAGGUACUGCAGACACUUUGUAUUUAGCUCAAAACUUUGAUUUUGCCAAGAAGCUGGAAACUCACCCAUCUUUGUUGGACCGAGCCUUCAAUCGACCCAAAUUGGAAACCCUUCACAAGGAAUCCAUUGCUGAUAUUCCGGAGGAUGUGAUUAAGGAAGCAACCCAUGAAAUGAAGAAGAGCUACAGAGAGUUGACCAAGCGACUGGAGAGGCAAAAGGAGCUUAAAGUUGUCGAGCAGAAGAUGAUUGUGAAAAAGAAGCUCCUUGACAAAAAGAACCCACCUGUGAAGAAAGUCAGAGAAGGUACAAAGGAUUCUGCUCCAGUGUACUUGUGGAAAAAAGAAAGAAAGCGAUGAGAGCUUAGGACCAAGCUGCACCGGGCCUAGCGUGAAGCAUCCACUCAAAGAAAGCCGCGAAAAAUGGACGAGUCAGGCAAAGCCGUAUUCUCACAUUUGUCUCCUGCGGUUUCACAACUACCCAUCAGACUGCAAGUGUGCUUUUGUGAAAUAAAUAUCUUCAUAAUUUACUGCUUUUGUGAAAUAAAUAUCUUCAUAAUU